CGUCAUAAUAUUUCUGCAUUUGUGGCUGUUUUCUGGAAAAAAUGGCUCAAAAUGCAAAGGAAUUGGAGAAAGUUAUAGGCUCUCAGCGCGAACAGUUGACUAGAUAUGAAACUCGUCUCAAAGAUGUAGUGGCUGCUUACAAGGGGCUGCUGAAGGAGAAGGAAGCCCUCGAAGUGAGCCUGUCAGCACUCAGCAAGAAGGACACCACGCAUGAAAAUGGCAAGCCUGAUGGUGCAACUGCUGAUGGGGACAAUCUACAAAUGCAGAUAGCCACACUGAUGAGCUCCCUGGCGACUCUCUCGGCGGAGAAAUCGCGCAUGGAGGCUUCAUUCCAGGCGGACAAGAAGCUGUUGCGACAAGAAAUCCAGCAGAAAGAUGUGACUCUGAGAGAGAUGCAAGAGAAGUUGAAGGCGGCCAGCACACAAUCCAACUUUGAUGUGGAGACAGUGAAGUCGAAGUUGAUUGUGGAGCGACAUGAGCGCGAGAAGGAGACGAAUGACAACAUGAUGAUGGUCCGGGAACUGCAGAAAUUGCUCUCAGACGAGAGGCAUCUAAAGGAGAACUUAGAGAUGCAGAUAAAUGACCUGAAGAACCAGUUCGCCACUACAAAUUACAGUGACAAAACGAUUAAAGACCUCAACAGUGAGCUGGAUGCGGCCAGGAAGAAAAUCAAGAAACUUGAGAAGAGCGAAAAUGUGAUUGGAAACGAGAGUUCGGCGAUGGUUUUGCAACAGCUGCAAAAUGAAAUUGCAUUUCUGAAGCAGCAGCACUCAGUGGCGAUCAAGAGUGAACAGAAGAGGGCUCUUGUUGCUGAGGAGCGAACUAAGAAGCUUGAGGCACUGCAUGAGGAGCGCGUGGCGAGCCUGGAAUCCCGUCUAGCGGAGCUCUCGAAGACUGUGGGAAACUACGACAGACUCAGACAGCAGGAUCAGGACAAUAUUCACAAGCUGAAGGAGAGAAUAGCUCAGUUUGACAACCCAGAUCCCAAUGCUCUGGUUAGAGAGGAUCAGGCCAUGCCCGCGAAGAAUGUGAAUGAGAUUGUUGAUGAAAUAGUGCGCCUGAAGAAGAUCCUCACGAUUGAGAACGCUAAAAUCCCAAAUCCCAUCGACGUGUCACGGAUCUUCGCCACUUCAGCCAAUGAUCACGGGGUGUGUAUGGAGGAGCAGGUGAGGCUCCGCAGGGAUCUGGAGAAUUGUCAGAUGGACAACUUGGAUCUGAAGAAGAGCGUGGAAGUGCACAAGUCUCACAUCCACACACUCCAAGAGAAAGUGAAAGUGCUCAAUCGCAACAUUGACGAACAGGAGAUGGAACUGAAGGCCAAGGCGACGGAUCACGCGGGAGAGAUCAGAGCGCAGAAGGGGAAAUGGAGGGAAGCCACUGCUGCUCUCGAGGCGGACUACCGCUCUCGCAUUGCUGAGCUGGAGCAACAUCUGCAGAAGCAGCGUGAUCGCUCUCUGGUGCUUCUGGAGGAGAAGGAGAACGAAAUCAGAGCUCUGCGGACGUCCUUUAACAUCUUCAUGCCGCCUGGAGAGGAUUCUGCAGAGACAAGCAGUCAGGGAUCCAGCGAGCAGAAGCCCCAGGGAACUGUGCUGACAACACCUGGAGGAUCGAACGUCGAGGAGUAUCACAUGUUGCAUUAUGUCCACGAGUUGGCUCGGAAGGACGUUGAAAUUUCAGCAUUGAGAAAGGCUAAACAUUCCGCAGAGAGUUCUUUGCGACAGGCGUUGCAGGAUAAGGUGUCGACGCAGGAGGAGCUGCAUGAUAAGAUCAGUCAGCUCGAGGAGAAUGUUGAUAGACUUGAGCGAUGCAAGUCCCGAGAGGGCGCCAACUUGGAGUAUCUGAAGAACGUGACUCUGAGUUUCCUGGCCACGAAUGACAAUGUGAGGAAGAGGCACAUGUUAAAUGCCAUCGGGGCAGUGCUGAAGUUCAGUCCAAUCGAAAUGAAGUCCAUCAACAACUAUUUUACCAAGAAAUUGUAAAUCAUUGGUCGCUAUUAAAGUAUUAUUUAUUGUUCAA